AUGACGGCCAUCACGCGCGGCCUCGACGCAAUGAACGAACGCAAGGUGGAGCUCAUAUAUCAGCUUCUGAUGGACAACGACCUCACGGCGCUGCACGCGCAGGUGGCGAAGACGGACCGGCUCGCGUCGACGCCGACGCCGGUGUCGUACACGCGGCACAUCUCGCGGAGUCUCAUGCUGUGGCUCCUCGCGUUGCCCGCGUCCGUCGCGACGGUCGCGACGCCGACGCCGACGCUCGUCGCCGCGUUGACCGCGUUCGUCGCGUGGUUGCUGCUCGGUAUCGACGACAUAGGGAUGCAGUUGGAGCAGCCGUACACGGUGAUGGCGUUGGCGCAGUUUUGCGACGAGGUGGAGCGAGAGGUGACGGAGGAGAUCAACGGGAGCGACUGGACGCCGCGCGUGGAGACGCCUCGGGACGAGAUGCUCGUGAGCGAGUAUCUGAACCCGGCGUGGCAGGACGAGGAGAAUAGGAAAGCGCUUCGCGCGAUCGAGAAGUCGGCGGCGUGA